AAAGUGAAAGGUAAACCUAAUUUAAUUGUUCUUGUUCUAUUGUCUCAUCAGACAGGGUUUGUUUGCAGUUUGACAAAACAUUUUCAUGACUUUCUCUUUGCUCAUAUUAAAUUAGGUAGUCUGGGCUCUUUAAGAUAAAGUAUAAAUGGGGGAAAAUCUUAUUCACUAGAAAUGUUUUCCCUCAAACUGUAUAUAUAAACUGAAAAAUGAAUAUAUAUGUUUGGAUUCCAUUUGUUUGUUUUUAAACAAACUUUGAGAGGAAAACCCCAGAGUUAUUUACUAUAUUGACUAUAAUAGGAAUAUACUGGGAUAUAUUUAUUUUCUCUGAAUUCCCCAGUGCAUCCUAUCAUCAGUCUCUUUAUUGGAAUCUCUUUGAGGUAGGGAUUUUUUGGUAUCUUUCUGUGUUGUAACAGACAUUGUACUUUGGAACGUAAACAAAAAUGACUGAAAUUAAAGGAGAAAGUAUAGUUUGUAAUGUGGUAAUGUAAAAUAUCUGGAGGAUGUAGAAGACUCAUAAAAUUAUAAUAAAUAAUGGCUCUUUUUGUGGCACUUAUUCUAAAAUAAGGAGAUGAGUUGGUACCAGUUUCAAUAUAAAUGCUAAUUUGUAUUAAAGCACACUUAGUAAAGGAGAUAACUUUGUUUUUUGGUUAAAAGUAAGGAAUCCUGCCAUAUGGAAUGUCACUUUCAAAAUCUUAGCUUACAGGAAAAUAAACCCCUUUUCCAUGAUUUUUUUUUCAUUUCCUACAGUAUCACUGGCGUGAUCUGAAUAACAGUACUGAGGUGAUAUUAUUAAUGUGGCUUUUUAAAAUCAAACUAAUUAUAUUUGCCUGAAAGAGCCACAUUAGUGUGAUUCUAGCUCCCUGGUGCCUUUUUGGAGCUCUGGAGACAGUCUAGUGAAUAGGGCUGAAAAUUCAUUCUGUAUUUGAUUAAAUGGAACAGACUCGUUGCUCCUUACCCCAGCAGGGGCUAUGAGAUCUCUUGAUCCUCGAAGCGGCUCAGAGACCCUGGGAAUUCCAUUAGCGAGCACCUGAGGAAUUUCUGCCCUGCAGUGCCUUUUUUUUGGUGGUAGUGGGGGGAGAGAGUGAGUAGUAUAGCAGUGUUGAUGGUGGGCGGAGGAGGCUGCAUUAGAAGAAUUCAUAUGUUGGCAGAUCUAAAAUCAAGGCAUGACUUAACAGCUUAUCUUGUAAGAGAAAAGCCCAACCCAAAGGCACACUAUUAGGCAAGACUUCUUAUAUUUAAAGUGGAACUGUGGUGUGUAUUGGGCACUGAGAUGAACUGAUCCACACAAUUUAUUGAACCCGUCUGACUCGUUAAUUCUCAAACUGUAGAGACAAAUUGGAGGAAAACAAAUAUAAAAACAUAUACCUGCAAGCCUGUUUUCUCAGUACCUUAUCUUAGCGUGGAACUCUGCUUUCAAUUUCUGUAAUCUGGCGCUAUGCAUCCGGAUCCCAGACCCUUACAGGCACUGCUCUUCAUCACUGCUACAGUUCUCUUCUCUGCUACAAGUUCAGAUUUGAUUCCUCGUUUUAUUUCUGAGCCCCUGACUACUAUCCAGAAGCCUGGUGUGCCUGUAAAGCUUCAUUGCUCUGCUGAACCCUCCACAGCUCGCAUUUCUUGGAUGUUUAACGGACAGAGGUUGGACAGCAGGGUGGAGCAAGUGGAGGUGCAGCCAGGAUCUUUGACAAUCUUCUCUCUCAGCCCCUUAAAUUCUGGUCACUAUCAGUGCAUUGCCAAUUACAGUGUUGGUGCAAUUGUGAGCAGGCCUGCUGUAGUAUCCAUAGGCUAUCUUGAUGAUUUUGAUACUUCAGUGAAACACAUAGUUACAGCAGAAGAAGGAAGUGCUGCCUUCAUUGGCUGUAAGCUACCAGAAAGUCACCCUAAAGCACAAGUUCGCUUUCGAGUACGGGGAAAAUGGCUGGAACAAUCAACAGAUAACUACCUAAUUCUUCCAUCUGGAAAUCUGCAGAUUUUGAAUGUCUCUUUGGAGGAUAAAGGCUCCUAUAAAUGUGCAGCAUACAACCCACUCACUCAUGAUCUCAAAUUAGAACCCACUGGACAUAAGCUCAUAGUCAGCCGCACUUCUGCAGAAGGCUUUCGCAUUCUUCACCCCACCGUUUCUCAGGCUUUGGCGGUACCUCAGCACAGUCCCCUAACUCUAGAGUGUGUUGUUAGUGGGUUGCCUGCAUCUCAUGUCCACUGGUUUAAGGAUGGUCAGGAUGCGCUGACUGGAAGCAGGUGGAGACUACUGCACUCGCAUCUUGUGACUGACAGACUUGAUACAUUGGAUGCUGGAAACUACUCCUGUGUGGUGGCAAAUGAGUCUGGAGUAGUGAAAUAUAUCAAUUACACAGUAACUAUACUUGAAUCUGCCUCAAUUUCUAAAGGACUGCAGGAUCAAACAGUGGCUGUGGGUGCAACUAUACAUUUCUCAUGUGACAUUCAUGGAAACCCUGCUCCUAAUCUUACCUGGUUCCAUAAUGCAGCUUCCAUCCAUCUCUCUCCCCGACAUCUGGUCACAGGAAACAGGUUGAAAAUCAGUGGCAUCACCAAGGAGGAUUCUGGGUUGUACCAGUGUGUGGCAAACAAUGGGAUUGGUUUUAUGCAAUCCACUGGGAGACUUCAAAUCCAGACAGGCAAAGGUUCCAAGCCGGUUAUAGUUUCUUCACCAGCUAGUGCCAAUGUGGUAGAUGGUGGUGAUGUUACAUUGUCAUGCAAUGCCACUGGACUACCUAUUCCUGUAAUCCGUUGGUACAACAGCCAUGGACUUAUUACCAGCCACCCCUCUCAGGUCCUACAUUCAAAACCACGAAAAUCUCCACAAACAAGAAGAGGCAGCACGAUUUUAGAACCUGUCUACUUCACCAUGUCUCGAGCUGGAUCAAGCUCCCUAUACAUUCAGGCAGUUUCUCCAGAGCAUGCUGGGAAAUACUCUUGUGAAGCAACAAAUAAACACGGCUCAGCGCUGUCCGAAGCAUUUCUUACCGUUGUUCCUUUUGAAUCUAGUACAAAAGCUGAAGAAGUCACUCCUAUGGAGGUUGCCCAAAGUGAUGAAGGUGAUGGAGAUUAUGAUACAGAAGUGGGGUUCUCAAAUUUGUCUCCGACAAAGUUGCAUCUUGAUGCAGUUGCUACAGAAAAGACACCCAAUGGGGCUUUGCCUCCCGAAGCCCCAAUCAUCCUCAGCCCUCCACAGACACUCAAGCCAGACGUGUACAACCUGGUGUGGCGCUCUGGAAAGGAUGGCGGCUUGCCCAUCAAUGCUUACUUCGUGAAAUAUCGCAAGCUGGAUGAUGGUGUCAGUGUCAUGGGAAGCUGGCAUACAGUUCGUGUUCCUGGAAGUGAGAAUGAGCUGCUUCUCUCAGAACUGGAGCCCUCCAGCCUCUAUGAAGUUCUGAUGGUAGCGAGGAGUGCUGCUGGUGAGGGCCAGCCUGCCAUGCUUACAUUUCGCACCAGCAAAGAAAGAACAUCCUCCUCAAAAAACACCCAGGCCCCAUCUCCCCCACUUGGCGUUCCUAAACAUCCUGUCAUUCAGGAAGGGACAAAUAACUUCGGAGUGGUCCUUCCAGACCUGUCUCGACACAGUGGAGUUCCAGAAGCUCCAGAUCGCCCUGCUAUCUCAACAGCUUCAGAGACCUCUGUCUAUGUCACAUGGAUCCCACGUGCAAAUGGUGGCUCCCCCAUCACUGCCUUUAAAGUCGAGUACAAGCGCAUGAGCCGAAACAGUGAUUGGCUAAUUGCAGCCGAUAGCAUCUCUCCUUCUAAACUGUCAGUGGAAGUUCGCAACUUAGAGCCAGGAGCGACGUACAAAUUCCGUGUGAUUGCCGUUAACAAUUACGGGGAUAGUCCGCGAAGCUCACCGUCUCGGCCAUAUCAAGUCGCUGGCUUUACCAACCGUUUUUCCAACCGCCCAAUCACAGGGCCUCACAUUGCCUACACCGAGGCAGUCAGUGACACUCAGAUCAUGUUAAAAUGGACUUAUAUUACUUCAAGCAACAACAAUACCCCCAUCCAAGGAUUUUAUAUCUAUUACCGGCCAACUGACAGUGACAAUGAUAGUGAUUACAAGAGAGAGAUUGUAGAAGGUACAAAGCAGUGGCACUUGAUAAGCCACCUGCAGCCAGAAACAUCUUACGACAUUAAAAUGCAGUGCUAUAAUGAGGGAGGAGAAAGUGAGUACAGCAACGUAAUGAUGUGCGAGACGAAAGUGAAACGCACACCUGGAGCGUCAGAAUAUCCAGUGAAGGAUCUGAGUACACCACCUAAUUCUCCUGAUCGUGCCGGUGGAGGCAAUGCUGGCCCAUCAAAUGGCCCUGUUCGGAGCAGCGACAUGCUAUAUCUGAUAGUGGGCUGUGUCCUUGGAGUGAUGGUCCUUAUUCUGAUAGUUUUCAUUGCCAUGUGUCUGUGGAAGAAUCGCCAGCAAAACGCCAUGCAGAAGUAUGACCCUCCUGGUUACCUCUACCAAGGUGCAGAUAUCAAUGGGCAAAUGGUCGAAUACGCUGCUUUACCAGGCACAAGCCGCAUCAAUGGCAGCAUACAUGGAAACUUCAUCAGCAAUGGUACUCUCAGUAAUGGCUGUCCACACCUCCAUCACAAGGUUCCCAAUGGAGUUAAUGGGAUCAUGAAUGGUGGCUUGAAUGGAGGGACUGGCCUUUACCCGGGGCACACCAACUCUCUAUCCAGGACACACAUGGAUUACGAACAUCCCCACCAUUUAGUGAAUGGUGGUGGAGUGUACACAGCAGUGCCUCAGACCGACCCCUCGGAGUGCAUCAAUUGCCGGAACUGUCGGAACAAUAACAGGUGUUUCACCAAAACCAAUGGCACUUUUAGCAGCAACACGCUACCUGUGGUGCCCAUAGUAGCACCUUAUCAGCAGGACAGUUUAGAGAUGAAACCGAUGAAUCAUGUGAUGGUAGCCAUGUGUUUAGCCUCCGCGGUCCCAGAACGCAGCGUCGAGGUGGAGGAAGACAGCAAGGAGAAAGUGGAGCAGCCAUCUACUCAGCAUUCUUGCUGUCAGGAAAAUAUGAAUCAGAUUAACAUAGAUUACCCAGAAGGUGACAUCUGUGCACAUUCGGAAACAUCAAAUCAUAUUUUGAGCUGGAGCCCUCUUAUUCUGCAGCCUGUUUCAAAGGACUGUAAUGAAAAAUCAGGAUGGAAUUCACCUGGUGUCACUUUAAACAGCUCCGGGGACCUUCGACAGCUCCACACGCAGGAAACCUGAAGAAGCAGCAACCCGUUUUUCCCCACUCACAGCCAGUAACUGCACAGCAGAGUCACUGACAAGGACUGAUGGACGGGGUGUUAAUUAUAACAGAGAGAGUCACUAUUUAUUUUUUGUAGUAGUGUCAUGAAUGUAUCUUGUUUCAAAUGUUUGCCUUUUUAUAUUAUUUAUGCCUGGAGAAAUUCCUUUGUUUUUUCCACCCCCUGUGGAAUUAGCCUGGUUUUGUAUAAAGUUUUGUAAUAAUAUAAAGAACAACAAUGGGGAAUAUGUAGUGUGUUUUCCAUGGCUAUUACCAGCAUGAGAAGCACUUCUGCAAAGGAGCAUUGAUGUUGAGCGUGCAGAUUUUAGAGUGGAUCCAACCCGAGUGGUUCUGAAGUUCAUAGCAGAUUAUAGCCACCCUAUAGAGCUGCCGUGUCACUGGCAUUUGUUGCAAUAUUUUUACGGCUGAUUUGCCUGACUACAUUCGAAUGCUGUUGUUUCAGGCUCUCCUGAUGGAAAGAGAUUUGGUAAUGGAACCUCAACAUAAUGAACCCCAGCCGAUCUGUUUAUACGAAUGGUACAGCUGGUCGAGUAGUAAUACUACUAAUCAUAUUUUUAGUUAUCUCCAAGUAUUGGAAAACCUCUAAUGUUCAGAGAAAAUUUCAUCAUUCCCCAAACUUUCAUGCCUUUUAACAGGAAUGAUUUAUCUGAACAUUCUUACUGGAAGGUCACUAUUUGUUGAAUUUAAAAGUAUUCGUCAUCUAAUUGGGGAACAGAAAGUAUUCCACAUGACUUGUGGGACCAGCUAUAUAAUAUACAUAAGGAAUAAUCUACAUGAAUAAUUUGUGAACAGCCUGGAGUCUGAGCAUUGUUUAUCCAAGCUCGUCAGCACAUAGUGAUUUAUCUGAACGUAUUCGUUAUUCUUGUUAAAGGCUCUCAACCAAAAAAGGCUGCUAAAUUCAGAAGAGUUAUUGGCAGCGAGUAUAUAACUGUCUCUUAUUAGCCAGUUGUUUUGCAUUCUUGUGCAUGUUUUAAAUUUCGCUGCAGGUAAAUCGGGCUGAAUUUUCUAAAUUUACAUCUUAAGCCUGCUCAUGCAUGCGCACCUUGGGAUUGAUAAACCAAGAGUAAAUGCCAGCAGGGCAAAGUGAACUCACUCUGAAAUAAGUGACAGAGUCCUUUGACACCUUUGUAGACCAACAGACGUAUUGGAGCAUAAGCUUUCGUGGGUGACAUGCAUCUGACGAAGUGGGUAUUCACCCACGAAAGCUUUUGCUCCAAUACGUCUGUUAGUCUAUAAGAUGCCACAAGACUCUUAGUCUGGAUCUGUAAAAAGCGACAAACAUGGCUACCCCUCCGAUACUUGUCACUCUGAAAUGUCCAACUGCUUCAGUUUCUACGGCAUAUUAGUACUUAGUUGCCACUAAUUCCACUAGCUUAAUUUCCGGUUGCCUCAGAAUGGACCUGUUCAAUUUACAGUAGAAUCUCCAGUGGUUGGUACUUUUCUAAUCCCCUCACGAGAUACACCGCUUACCUCGAUAUAACGCCACCCGAUAUAACACAAAUUUGGCUAUAACGAGGUAAAGCAGUGCUCUGGGGGGGCGGGUCUGCGCACUCUGAUGGAUCAAAGCAAGUUCAAUAUAACACGGUUUCACCUAUAACGCGGUAAGAUUUUUUUUGGGCUCCCAGGGACAGCGUUAUAUCGAGGUAGAGGUAAAAUAUUCAGUAGUGCUGGUAGUUGCAUAUUUCUAAACAUAACCCUGGUUAGCAGAGGCAGAUCUGGGGUAAGGCUCACAUUCCUAAAAUAUGAUGCACUGUUAGCACAAAUGAUUUAAACUAAAGUAUAAUGAACGUUUUGUGAUGCGUUAGCCCUGCCUGUUUGUUCGCUUACAAAGGUAACGUUCAAUCCUUUGCAAUGGAUCUCCCAGGGACUGAAUGGUAUUUUAACUCCAUGGUUUGAGAAAAAGGGAAAAACGUAUUGUUUGUGUAAUAACGCUCUCCUCGCCUAUUAAAUAAGAGCCUGGAGGUGUUGCUUUAGAAAAUUGAGCCCGGUGCUGUCGCAAACGGUGUCCGACAAACCACAGCUCAGACAAUGGCUGUGUAUGAAGAAAUCUGCCUGUAUCUCAGACAUAGCAGCUGGAGCGUGAUGUAGGUGUUGCGAUGUUAACUGCACAUUUUUUUUUUCAAAUUUAAUCAGAGUAAAUAAAACAAACUUUCACUUGUAAAACACUCUAUCCAAAAGUCAGAGCCUAUAACCCAAGGAAUGAGGCACAUAAAUCACUAUUACUGCCGCCCUGAGGCGACACAUGUGCAGUCUCCUUUUAAUGGAAUGAAUAUUUUCCUAGCGAGAAACGCCCCGAGGGGAGGGUGGGACGCAAAGCUGCCCUAUUUGAAUCACAAACCACUUACAGAAGAAAUGAGGUGGUGGCUACAGGUGCACUGAACAGGAGAACCUCAGUUACAAACACCAGAGUUACGAACUGACCCGUCAACCACACACCUCGUUUGGAACCAGAAGUACACCAUCAGGCAGCAGCAGAGACCCUCAAAAGAGCAAAUACCGCACUGUACUGCAUUAAACAUAAUCUAUUAAAGGGAAAGCAGUGUGUUUCUUCUGCACACUAAAACUCCAAAGUCAACGUUCAGUUGUAAACUUUUGAAAGAACAACCAUAACGUUUCAUUCAGAGUUACGAACAUUUCACAGUUACGAACAACUUCCAUUCCCAAGGUGUUUGUAACUCUGAGGUCCUAUUGUACCACACGGAGUAAGAGAUGUGUAUCAUAAAGACUGGCUCUGUACUUUUCUAACUAUUGCAACAAAUGUCAAAUGCGGCAUGCGUAUAUCCCGUAUGUGAAAAUAUUAUAUAUAAUAUAGGAUAUAUAUUGUAUAUUUUAUAAAUACAGCCCUUAAAUGAGAACUUACUGGGUUUGAUCUGGGUCACUAUGCAAGAGUUUAUUGCAGUAGGAAACUAGUUGAUGCUGUAUUUGCUUGAUGGCUGGGAGAGGGGGUUGCACCAGAUGUGUACACAAGUUCUCUAUUCCUGCUGUCCAGGUGUAUAGUAUGUGAUAAUGGAUUAGUCUGCAUGUUUGUGAGACCUAAUUAGCAUCCGAGGAAGGCAGACUCCCGUCGUCUAGUGUGAUCUAUUGAGUGCAAUGGCCGAUCUCGUUAGGUUACGAAAGUUGCCUGUUAAGAGAACUAGCAUAUUAAAUGCUUUGACAGAGAGAUUCAGGAAACUCUGCUGUAAGAGUUUGGUAGUUUGGCGCAGGAAACCAAGGCAGGUUCGUAUGAGCCCUUGGGACAUAAACUGCUUUGAAAGAGUCAGAUUUGGGGGGUAGGGCUUCUACUCAAGGAAGAGAGUGUUGUAAUCUGCCAUGUUAGCAGGGUCUCGUCGUGGACUGCUUUAUUUAUAAUGAAUAACACUGUUUUAAGUGUUUUUCUUUUAUUGUAUUUUAUUUAUAAAUAUAUAUAUAUAUAUGUGUGUGUUUGCCUUUCUGUUUAGGGGACGUGUUCUCCCAACUACAAGUGCAUAAUUACAAAACUCUACACACAUCCUGCCUAGAUGCUGUGAUUCCCAGGUCAUGCAAAUCAGUCCAAUCCCAUCCUUAACCUUCAGCUAGCACCAGCUCCCCAGCAAAUGCUGAAAGACCUUGCCCCUCUGCAAACCCUCCCUGUUCUUUAAAGCUGGCUUGGUUUUGUGCUUUGAAUGUUGUUUUCCUUUGAAAUCUAGAGGGCACAAACUCUAGAAUCCUGGGUUCAUUGGCAAGGGUUUUGGCACCAGGAGGAUGAGGUGCAUUGCUAGAGCUGUGAGGAGGAAACUUAUAUUAACUGCCUAUGUUAUGCUUGACUCUAACCAGUGUUACGUUCUUUGCUUCUAUGGGCACUACAUACAUAACCCAGGGUUUGUUGGUUUUUGUUUUUAAAAGAUUCACUGACAUCAGACCUAUGUGCGUUUCCCUUUAUCCUUUUUUUUUUUUU